AUGGCUUCGUCCACAUCUAAAACCCUAAUGGAUUUUUUCCAACCCGCCAAACGCCUCAAAGCUUCCCCAUCUUCUUCCUCAUUUCCCGCCGUUGGAUCCGUCGGCGAGGGGACUGAAGCAAAAUCACCGCCUCGCAUAACCGUUACCAAUUCCGUCGCCGACGACUCGUCUGGUCUCACACCCGACCAAAUCUCUCGCUCAGAGUUCAAUAAAUUCGUCGCUAAGUCCAAGCGUAACCUCGCCGUCUGCUCCGAGAAGGUCUCAAAAGCGAAAGCUGAAGGAAGCUGCUACGUGCCAUUGACUGAGCUCUUAGUGGAAGAAUCAUGGCUCAGAGCUCUUCCUGGAGAACUGGAUAAACCCUACGCCAAAACCCUUUCUGAUUUUCUGGAACGGGAGAUCAUCGCCGCUCCGAUUUAUCCGCCACAGCACCUGAUCUUCAAUGCUCUCAACACAACUCCCUUUGAUCGAGUCAAGGCUGUCAUUAUCGGCCAGGAUCCUUACCAUGGACCUGGUCAAGCAAUGGGUUUGUCCUUCUCUGUGCCUGAAGGAGAAAAGCUUCCUUCAAGUCUGUUGAACAUAUUUAAGGAGCUUCAGAAAGAUGUUGGUUGUUCAAUCCCACGUCAUGGUAAUCUACAGAAAUGGGCUGUGCAGGGUGUUUUGCUGCUAAAUGCUGUUCUUACAGUAAGGAGUAAACAGCCGAAUUCACAUGCAAAGAAAGGAUGGGAACAAUUCACUGACGCUGUUAUUCAAAGCAUCUCACAGCACAAGGAAGGUGUUGUCUUUCUCCUCUGGGGAAAAUAUGCUCAAGAGAAAUCCAAGUUGAUAGAUGGGAAUAAGCAUCACAUACUCACAGCAGCUCAUCCAUCUGGUUUGUCGGCCCAUAGAGGCUUCUUCAAUUGCAGGCAUUUCUCUCGAUCAAACCAGCUGCUCGAGCAAAUGGGGAUUCCUCCCAUAGACUGGCAACUCUAA